CGCACACACCGACAUACGCUCCCCUGAUCCCGGUACUCUCCCGGUCCCCUGCGCUCCCCUGCCGCCCGAAGCUCGCCUCUCUCCGCGGCCACCAGUGGUCUUUCCACCCUCACGACCUCGGAGGAUUAGUCACACGGCAGCGGGACCAGACAGCCCCACUUCCCCGGCUAAAGUUGAACGCGUUUGGGCAGGCUUCCUGAGAGGGGUCCCCUCUUGUCAGCCCGAAGAAACAGAAGACCAGAGGAGAUCACACUGAAACACUGGAAGGACAAAGUUCAGACCAUGCCAGUGAUCCAAUCUCAAGCCGAAAAUUACUGAAAGCGUUUUCCAGCAUAAUGUAGUUCUCUCUAAACCUCCUCCAUGCAACAUCUUUGCUCGGCUGAUUUCACCGGCAGUGUGUAGACUGAAGGACCAAUGGAGCAGGUCGGGGAGGAUCUGAACCUCUCCUAUCUGCUGGAACAUGAGAGAGACAUGAUCCUGAAGGUGCUGCAGAAAGAUGAGAAAUUGAGGAAGCGUGAGGAGAAGAGGAUAAGAAAGCUGAAAAAUGAGUUGCUGGAAAUCAAACGAAAAGGGUCCCGUCGGCAACAGGAGCUCGGGGAGCGACAGUGCGCUCGCUGCCUCAAGAGUUUGGGACUUAUCUUUGACCGUGGGGAUCUCUGCGAGGAGUGUCAGCUGCGCGUCUGCAAUGACUGCCAGGUUUCAACUCCGAAAGCACGCCAGUGGAGGUGUAGCAUUUGUGCUAAGAUUUCGGAGCUGAAGGUGGUGACGGGCGAAUGGUUCCUGGAGGAGCGGUCAAAGCGCUUCGAGCAGGGAGUGCCGAGCGGUGACGUGAUCAAACAGACCAUCCUGAGUAGCCCGACCAUCACAGACAUAAAGUCGACAGAAAACCUGUCAGCCACUUCUGAGCCAGAGAAAGCCGACACCCCCAAAUCCAAAAGAAAUGCUGUACUGAACAUUGUGGAUGGGGCCAGGAGGAAAGGAAGGAUGAAGAUGGAGAAAAAAGCAAACCGAAAGGCCAUGAAGCCGGAGAACGGAGUUGACAGCGCCUGUGUCAAAACGGUUUCGGAUGGAGAUGCUCAAAGCGUGCGAAGUGUUUGCUCUGCUCCGAGUCCACGCUCAAACAGGGGCAGUGUGGUGGCCUUGGAGUCCUCGGGGGUUCCUACCGUACCCAACAACCUGCGCUCACACACUCCGGACAGAUCCUCCACUCUCAGCGACAGCCGGAGGGUCAGGCCUGAUGGAGCAGAGAGCGUUACCAGUGUAAACUCCAGUGACAGUGUGCCUGAGACAAAAGCUACCGGCCAUGAGAGGAAGGAUUCAGGGACCCCGACCAUUUCUGUGUCCCGAGCCUCAGUUUCAUCAGAUCACAGCCGCUCAGAGAUGGACCUGUCAGCAGCGGGGUCUGAACCCAGCGAGGACGCCUUCAGUCUCAGGAGCCGCUCCGUCCCCGGCCUAAACGAAUCUGAGUUUUCUGAUGAGGACGCAGAGGAAGACAUCGAUGCCCUGAUGUCGGCUCACAGCAAGGCUCCCAGCCGGCGCAUCAGCAACGCACUCUCAUCGUGUUCCACCCCAGGCUCAGAGAGGAGGUGGGGGCACCUCAAUGUCCCCGACUCGGACGCUGAGACCAGUAGUAUAAACAGCAUGAUGAGCAUGUACAGUGAGACUGGUGACUAUGGCAACGCCCGGGUGAGCGGAGAGAUCCUGCUGAACAUCAGCUACAGCUACAAAACUGGUGCCCUCAAUGUCCUGGUGAAGGAGUGCCACAACCUGGCAACCGGAGACGAGAGGAGGCAGCGCACGGACUCAUAUGUGAAGACGUACCUGCUGCCAGACACAUCACGACAGAGCAAGAGGAAGACGAGCAUCAAGGCCAACACCAUCAACCCUGUCUUCAAUGAGAAUCUGAGGUACGUGAUCAGCCACUCGCAGCUGGAGACUCGGACCCUGCAGCUCUCCGUGUGGCACCACGACCGCUUCGGACACAACAGCUUCCUGGGAGAGGUGGAGCUGACCUUUGACUCCUGGGAGUUUGAUUCCCAGAUGGAGGAUUGGUACACUCUGCAGCCUAAGGUGGAGAGCAAUAUAGACUGCACCAUGCAGUAUAAAGGAGAGCUGACCGUCGUGUUGAAGUACAUUCCUGCAGAGAAGAACCUCACGCUGCCCCUGGACCAAGUACAAGUAAAGAAAGGCUUCCUGAAAAGCAAGAAGGCGAGCAGCUUCACUUUGCCUAAAGGGGGCAUGGUCGAGCUGCUGGUCAAAGGAGCCAAAAACCUGACUGCUGUCAAGUCUGGAGGAACUUCAGAUCCUUUUGUGAAAGGAUACCUCCUCCCGGACAGCAAGAAGUCAACCAAGCACAAGACGGUGGUGGAGCGGCGCUCUGUGAACCCGCAGUGGAACCACACCUUCACCUACUGCGGCCUGCAGCCCGGAGACCUCAACAACGUCUGCCUGGAGCUCACCGUGUGGGACAAAGAGGCGCUGGCCAGCAACGUCUUCCUGGGAGGGCUCAGGCUGGGAGCUGGCACAGGUAAAAGCUACGGGAACGAUGUUGACUGGAUGGACUCAUACGGGGAGGAACAGCGGCUGUGGCAACGCAUGAUUGAAAAGCCAGAAGUCCCUCAUGAGUGUACUCUGAUGCUUCGAUCCAGCAUGCGAAGUUGCAACACAUGAGCCGGAUCUAAGCACAGACGAGGAUAAAAGAGAAUGAAUGAGGGGGGAAGAGGUGAUGUGAAGGCGGGACGAGAGAUCUGGAGAAGUGGAACGGUCCAGAGUAAAAGCCCAGGACUGAGAGCAACAGAGAUCAUUCCUCUUCCUACUUCCUUCCUCCCGAGAUGCCCUGUUCAGCCAGUCAUGCCUUACACACUCAUCCACAUGAAGCCCCCUGCCCUCAAAAGCAUCUAGUAUUGACCAAGCACUGCUGUUUACUGCUGUAUAUGAAGAAAAAAAAUCAUGUGUUGUAUGUAACUUACUGUACCUAGCCGAAUAAGCACAUGUGUGAUUCCAGAUGUGUCCGUCCUUGUCUCUGCGAUUCAUGAACCCGAGUCAUUUCUGCAUGCAGUUACAGCUGACGGGAACCAUUUUGUAAGGCGUUACACAGAUCAAUAAUGUAGAGACUUAGACAUUCCCUUUUUUACGCCACAGAGCUCAUCCUGGUCUGAAGCACAUUAUGAAGCUGCUUAUAAACAGUUGUGUACAGAGGUGAAAAGUGACUAUUUCAUGUUCAACUGUAUUAUUAUUAUUACUGAGGAAAGUACAAAAGUAGCAAUUAAGAGAACUUCUACAUCUCUCCUACAUCACAGUAGUCCUCCAUCCAUCUUUUAUUUAUAUGCGUUCUCUCUUAAUCGUUUUAUGAAAAUUAAGCAACAUGGAGUAUCCCUCUACAGGCACUGGUAUUAUUAUACUUGAGGUAAAGAUAUAUCUACUAAUUUUAAAAUAAACUAGGACUGAAAAUGACUGUGUUACUUGAUCAAUAAUUUAUAAAAAAUAUUUGUUGAAAAUAGUUUUUAAAGUUGCUGGAGCUGUGGGCGACUUCAAACUUCAAAAGCUUGUCGUCUCAAUUUACAAUGAAUUGAAACAACUGAGCUAUGCGACGUCUCUGGGGCUCUGCCUUCCACCCUCCUGUGAUCAAGCAUUUGUAGCCACGCUAGAUACUCUAUGGAUAGCAGCACUGUGGCACGGCACCUUUGAUUGGUCCAACACUUUCGUCCAUAUUUUAUAUUUAUCAAGGGAAAUAUCUCAACAUCUACUAAAAUAGAAUUGGUGCAAAGUUUUGUACAGACAUUCAUGUUUUCCAAGUCUGUGUACAUUAAAGACUUUCGUGAACCUGACGGUGAACACUACGACUACGAAACAUCAGCAUGGUAGCAUAGUUUCUGUUAGAAUGUUAGCAUGCUGAUGUUAGCAUUAGCUCAAAGCUUCCUUUAUGGAUAGCUUUACUGAGCUGCUGGCAUGCCUGUGGACUUCUAGUCUUGUUGAUUGAUGACUGAAUUCAAAGCAAAACAAUGUUGAGUACCUGUAAUUAGUUACUUUACACCUCUGGUUGUCAGAAGAGGAAAUAUCUAGACAAAUUCCACAAUUUAGAUUAGUAUUGAUGUACAUUUGUAACACUGCAUCAGUGUGAUAAUGGAAACUGCAUGGUCUUAGAUAAAACAGGUAGAAGAACAAAAUAAGAUAAUGUAAAGCACUGAUAAUCGCAUCAUUUUAGAGAAAGUGUGAUUUUAAGAGCAGUACCCCUGAGACAGAGGCUGCGUGUUGCAGAGUGAGUCAGCGCUGAGGCGGCUGUCUUCUUCUCAGGGGGAACCUCAUAAUGAGUCAGUCACCUUGUCCUGUUGCUCGGGGCUCUGCCUCCCACCCUCCUGUGAUGAAUCACCAAAUACACAAAAACGAUUCUCAAGUUAAACCCUGUGCAACCAUCUCAUGUGGAAUGCCAAUGUUGUCUCGCUUGUCCUUGGCCAACCAUUUGCUCUGAACUCCUGGAGCACAACAGUGAGACACUGCACAAUUAUAGUAAUAAUACAUGGUGUUCACUGUACAACAUACUAUAGAUGAGAGGCUUGUGCAAUACCUGACUACUGAAAAAACUCAAUGUACAGCAUGUACUAUCUCUGUUGUGUCCGGUUUCCAAGCAACAAACUCACUGUAUUCAUACCUAUUUUGUCCCAAAUAUGUUCAAUAUUUUGAAAUAAACGCAUCUUUCCAUAGAUUUA